AUGUCUCGAUCAAACGUUCAGCUCAAGACUCCAAAAGGUACCCGCGACUGGGUUGGCGAUGACUUGCUUCUGCGAGAAAACAUCUUCAAGACAAUCACCGACGUUUUCCAGCGCCACGGUGGCACCCCUCUUGAUACCCCCGCCUUCGAAUUAAAAGACGUCCUCUCAGAAAAGUAUGGCGAGGACUCACGUCUCAUGUACGACUUGGAGGAUCAAGGUGGCGAGAUCUGUUCCCUGCGCUUUGACCUGACGGUUCCCUUUGCUCGCUGGCUUGCCAUGAACGGCAACGUCACCCAUAUUAAACGCUACCAGAUUGCCAAGGUUUACCGCCGAGACCAACCUGCCAUCGCCCGCGGGAGACUACGAGAGUUUCACCAGUGCGACUUUGACAUUGCCGGUGUCUAUGACCCCAUGGUUCCCGACGCCGAGAUCUUGUUUGUCAUUGUUGAAGUCUUUGAAGCACUGGGGCUCAACAUUGUCAUCAAAACGAACCACAGGCGCAUUCUAGACGGCUUAUUUGCCGUUGCAGGCGUCCCAGAUGCCAAGAUACGGUCCAUUAGCUCUGCGGUAGACAAACUAGAUAAGAUGCCGUGGGAAGCUGUCAAGAAGGAAAUGCUGGAGAAAGGCCUCCCUGAGGAAGUUGCAGAUCAGGUUGGCGAGUAUGUGAGGCGCAGCGGCAAUAUUUUCGACAUGCUGGACGAACUCAAGUCGAACGAAAAACUCACAGCGAAUGGAGAUGUGAGUGCGGGAAUCGCAGACAUGGCACUUCUUGCGUCAUAUUUAAAGGCAUUCGGAAUCGAAGAUACUGUGUCUUUUGACUGCUCGCUUGCUCGAGGACUGGACUACUACUCUGGUUUGAUAUUCGAGGUUACCACGCAAGGACCAAGUACACCUGAAUCCCGAAGCAAGUCCCCAGCCAUUCAAGUUGAUAGCAUUGCUGCCGGGGGCCGAUACGAUAAUCUCGUUGGCAUGUAUGGCAAACGCCCUAUUCCAUGUGUUGGCAUAUCAUUUGGAGCUGACCGUAUCCUUACUACCCUGAAGCCACCAACGGUGAAAGAUUCAAAGAAUUCCUCUAUUUCUCGCAAUCUAGACGUGUAUGUAAUGGCAAUCGGCGGCAAGGAGUUUGACGGUCUUUUACUGGAGCGAAUGGCUAUAACCCGCCAGCUUUGGAAGGCCGGCAUUCGGGCAGAAUACAUGGCCAAGGCGAAGCCCAAGCCACUGCAGCAAUUCAAAGCUGCCAUGGGCGUGCCUCUCGCUAUAAUUCUCGGACAGGAGGAAUUGGCUGCAGGUCAAGUAAGGCUAAAGGUAUUCAAGCCCGACGUGGAUGAAGAGAAAGAGCCAGGGCAACUUGUCUCCAGGGACAACCUGGUUGAGGAGGUGAAGAGACUCCUAUAG